AUGCUUGUUUAUGGUGGGGCCUCGGCUGUUUGUAGCGUCAGUUUGUGUACAGUUUGCGCCAACAUGGGGGAGACACUGCAGGAAGUGGUGUGGCAGGCCCUGGAACAGGGUCGCCUCACCUGCGGCGUGCAUGACUGUGCCCACCAGCUGGAAAUAGACCCCUACAAUGUUAUGUUGUGUGUGCUACCGAUGGACUCCCUGAAACCUCAGGACGUGUCCACAAACAUACAUCAUAUGUUAAUAGAAGCCUUUUGUAGGGAGUACGACAUACGCCUAAUCAAGUAUCCAGAUGGGGAGGUCAGUGAGGAUGAGGAAAAGAUUGCAGAGUUCUACAAAAGCUGCAUGUUUAGCGACACCUCACAGACAUGUCUCAUUGCUUUACCUGAUUGA